AUGUCAGUAACAAUUCAUACUAAUUUUGGAGAUUUGAAGAUUGAGUUGUAUUGUAAAGAUACCCCUAAAACUUGCAAGAAUUUUUUGGCUCUGUGUGCCUCAGACUACUAUAAUAACACAAAAUUCCACAGGUUGGCUCUCAUUUUAAUUACAUUUUGGUUUAGAAAUAUUAAGGGAUUCCUCAUACAGGGCGGUGAUCCAACUGGAACCGGGAAAGGAGGCGAAAGUAUCUAUAACGAACCAUUUGAAAAUGAGCUGGUUCCUCAUUUGAAGCAUGACAAGAGAGGCGUGGUUAGUAUGUCAAACAAUGGCAAGGUUAACGGAAAUACUUCCCAAUUCUUCAUAACUUAUUCAAAGCAAAUGCACUUGAACAAUCAGUACACAGUUUUUGGAAGGCUGAUUAGUGGUUUGGAUACACUGGAGAAGCUGGAGAAUCUACCAGUCGGGAAAAAGAACAGACCUAUUGAUGACAUCAUCAUAACUUCAACUACCAUACAUUCCAAUCCAAUCGCAGAUUUAGAGUCUUGA